AUGAAAAAUUAUUUUAAAGUGUUGCUACUUCAGCUCAAGUUGUGUUUUAUUUUCUUUGCGAGCCCAGGUCUAAAGGGUGGCGAUCUAGUGCGGGAUGGUAACUUCAAGCAUCAAGUCUCCAUAAAAUUGUGGAACACAAUGAGCACGCAUUGCGGUGGGAGCAUAAUUGACGAAGAAUUCGUGCUCACGUCUGCCACAUGUGCUAUGCCACAUGGUAAAAAAAUAACUCUGCUAAAAGUAAUUGCGAGGAGACAAGUGCAAAACGACAUCGAGGUAUUCGAGAUAGACGUAGAAAAAAUUUACGUACCCCGAGGAUACUCCAGAGUCAUGAGUGCGGAUGGCAUUUUCAUCAAGGAUGACAUUGCCGUUUUAAAGUUGAGUAAUAGCUUGAUGCUUGAGCGGAACACCCUACUGGGUAAAAUUGACUUACCAGAAAGGAACAGUAAUUAUAACGAAGGUCCUGCAAAAAUAUCUGGUUACGGAGAGAGCCAGCAAAACAGGUGGAUGCACAACACGCUCAACAGGAAACAAACAUUUCACCCUCAAAAUACAGCCUCUAGGAAUAUUCUCAGCUCAACGUAUUGGUUAAGAUACGCUAAUGUCACGGUCUUUCGAAACUCCCAGUGUACGAGAAACAGUAAGAUGAUAGUGAAGGUAACAAAUCAAAUGAUCUGUGGACAAGUUGUACCACCGGGAGGAGUGUGCCGAACUGACCGUGGAAAUGGACUAAUUUCUGGUAACACAAUAAUUGGAGUGCUAAGCCUCGAAGCCCAAGGAUGCAACGAAGCUGAUUCACAUUCCGUGUACACCAAAGUACUUUCUUACCUAAAGUUUAUUCACAGAGCCAAGACGCAAAGUAAAAUUACCACUGGUAUGCGCAUUUAUGACUUCAAGUCUGAUCUGUACAAGUGUUUAUAG